AUGACAUCUAGGGUUUUCGAGCUUGUGAGUCGUGACCCAGGAACCUCGUCACACUUCGUCUCGAUAAUACCAUCGUGGACGAAGGAGACUGGUGGAACGAGCACCUUGCCAGUCUCGAAGUUAGCCAUGGUUCCUCUCAGCCAACAUUUUCAUAUUGUCAAUCCGCCUCGAAUUGAAAAGAGUCAUCGGAAAGAUAUGAAUUCAAUUUUGUAUCACAUUCCCACACGGUGA